AUGGGGAGCGAUCAAUAUCCUCUGGUAGCCUUCUCUCCUCGAGCACCUGCAGGCAUCGGUGCGAGCGAUCAUACUCAUCACGAUGAUUUCAGUCAUAGAUCGUGCUCUGCUUCAGGCUGUUUGCUUGGCUCUUACGAUUUGCAGGGGAAUGACAAUGAUGAUCUGGGAGCUGAUGAACUGCUUGGUCUUGGUCCGGGUCAUGCUCCGCUUUUAGGAAUCGAAGAUGGCUCUACAAAGAACGGGCAAGAAACCUCUCGAACGGAAAGGCUCGAGGAUCAGGUCCGAGCAAAAGAGCUGAAGGACGCAUCAUCUUCAUGGUCCUCUCCUACCGUAGUGACCACGCAAAUCGCUAUCCUCUUCUUCUUUGCAGUUUGUUGUGGAUUGUUGUACAUCGGAAGUCUAGAAUAUAGACGACAAAGUGCUGUUGAGAUUAGCCAAAUGGUAAAGAAUAUGGCCUGGCAGCCUGUACCUCAUACCCAUGUGUCGCCAUCCAUUCCAUCAAUUGACGUGAAAAAGGUAACCUUUACCGAGACAGCUCCUGACAAGCCGCUUACCAGUUCGAGCUCGGCCAUCGAUCAAAAUGCCAUUUCAAACACUACGUUGGGCGAAGCAAGUGUAUCCGCCGCAACGAGAAGGCGAAGACACGGAAAGAGAGCCGGCAAUGCUGUUGCUCAACGUGCAUCCAAAAAAGUGACAGAGAAGAAAGAUGCGGUCGAUGUUGAAAAAGAUAGCGGAAGUGUGGAUGGCAAAGAAAAGCAUACCGCCGGUACGGGAGGCUCUGCGCUUCAAGAAGUAAGCAAGGGUAGCAGAGAAGAAGAAGAAAGCGUCCAAGUUGUCGAAAAGACAAUUGCAAACGUUGCUGGCCCUGUCACCUUGGAAGCGGAUGGAGGAUCGAAAGUUGCUUUGAGCAACG